ACUAUGAUUGUUCUGUGUGAAGGUAUCAGAUACACUUUCCAGUGUAACCUUUUCUAUGAAAGCGAGAGAGCCUAAAAUGUCGACCGGUGGCACUAUACACAAUUAUUAUGUUGAUUCUUUCAUAGGUCAAGAGACAGAGGACUUAUAUGCGGCUAGGUAUUCCCAAGGAUCACACGGCGCAGCUUCAAGGCCAUCAGGUGUAGCAGACACUUCAGAUUUCUCUUCCUGCAGUUUUACCCCCAAGUCAACCGCAUUUUCAAAUCCCUGGUCUCCCGUUCACCCUCAAUCCUCUGCCGCCGUUGCAGGAAUCUAUCAUCCUUACAUGCAUCAAUCGCAUCUUGCAGCUGGAGACAGCAGAUACGUGCGCUCGUGGUUAGAACCGAUUUCCAGUUCAGUCUCUUUCCCCGGAUUCCAUCCUAAUGGCCGGCAUUACGGGAUCAAGCCAGAAACUUUAUCAACCAAGAGGACUGAGUGCUCUUCCUAUGAGCUGCAAACUCUCAGCCUGCCGGACUUCACUUGCGGCUCCUACCCAGAGUGCAGGGAGAAGCUUCCCAAGGAGCUUGGUUGCACCAGCUCCGAGACUACGAGCAACAGUGAGCACAAGGAGGAGAAACAACAGCAACUUGACCCAAACCAUCCCGCAAUAAAUUGGAUCCACGCGCGCUCUACCAGGAAGAAGCGUUGCCCUUACACCAAAUACCAGACGCUUGAAUUAGAAAAAGAGUUUUUAUUUAAUAUGUAUCUCACCAGAGACCGGCGUUAUGAAGUUGCUAGAAUUUUAAAUCUUACUGAGCGGCAAGUAAAGAUUUGGUUUCAAAACAGAAGGAUGAAAAUGAAAAAGAUGAACAAGGUGAAAAAUAAUGAAGAACCUUGAACGAACAGCUGUUUCUUAACCAUAGGUCAGAAAACCCUACAGACGGUGUAUAAAGCGUUUUGUCUAUCUAGUGGUGCCUAAUCGAAGCACGGUUUAUGUUUCUCAGUGUUGUACUGCUCCAGAGCAACCUCGUGUUUAAACAAAUGACAUUCACCCAGAGACUGUUCCUGACUUGCUGCUAUUGGGAUACAUUAAAACGGAACUUAAACUGAAGUCAGCACGUUGCCUGUAUUAUUUUAAAACUUUGACAUUAUUAUAAUGUACUUGUUUUAUAUAAAAAUAAAACAUGGAAAUUUGAAGAUU